CUUGCAUGGUAUGGGUGGAAUGACCCUGAACACCACGAAGCCUGACUGGUCAUGACUUCAACCCCUCCGCCCUGAGAAUAAUGUGCACAGGGGGAUUGUGCAGAUUAACUCUAUAACGCGCGUCUACCAGGCGUACCUCUUGGUAGAAAUUCCGCCAUGCAACAAGCUCGUCACCCGGGAAUCCAGGUGGUCAUUUCCGACCAUGGCGCCUCGAACUCCAACAGUACUGGCGAGCGGCUGGCCAAAGCAUUGUCGGUUGAUGAGGCACUGCAGUUCUCUCCUAUGACAAGUGUUCCUGUUUUUGGCCUAGACUCCAUUCUCCGCCCUGACGUCGGCCAACCUUCCCUCUCAAAUCUAUCUAGCACCCAUGACCGCAAAGCUGCUGGUGAAAUUAUUGACGACCUGGAUGACGAGACCCAAGCAAGUGCUAGCGAAUCCACUCGUCUCGAGACUACCCGCCAGUAUUUGCAGGCGUUAUUGAAUGGACAAUUGACAGAAUAUGAGUUCAAAUUACCAUCACGAUCUCGAGUGACUCGCAACUCGGUAAAUGCUCAGAUUCUAGAUACAGAAUCUUUGAGUCGAGGCCAUCUCGGGCCCUUCGCAAAGAUGGUGUUAGAUUGCACGGACGUUCCCUAUCGGUACCCAUCGCCUAUUACGCCUAGCCCUAAAAAGAAAUUGCAGGCACCAGAAUCCCUACCGUCGCCUACGUUAAGUGAGAACAUUUCUCCUCAAAUUAUCAUGGAAUCCAAACACCAUAGCGACUCCAAAGCCUCUCUUGGGCGGGAGAAAUCCAUGCAGAAGCCCGUUGUCCUAGUACCCUCGCUACCUUUGUCAUCACAGCCCGGCGAAUAUGUUCAUAUCGGCGACCAGUCACCUUCAAAAAGGAGGAAGCUAAACACCGAGGAUGACGAGAAACUGGCUGCAUUACGCCUAAAAGAUCAAAAGGAGGAGGCAGAUGCAGCAUUGAUUAAAUUACAAGAGCUCUUUCAGGAGGUCUUUGAAGCAGAGGAUCAACUUGAACCAGAUACAUCCUCAACCGAAGCUCAACCAUCCAACAAGUUUUUCACACUCCCGAAAGCAACAGAUGAUCUUGGCCCUGUUUUAUCUUCUGAGACACACUCCAUCCUUCAAACAGCAAUGCAAAAAGUUACAGGCUAUGGACGACUCCGUGAUAUUCCAACAGAGUAUUUGAACCGCGUCCAAAAGCUCUGUGAGCCUCCAGUGAUAUCUGCUCAGACUCCGGAUCUAAAACUGGAACAUGUUCCCUCGGAUGAGGAUACAGAAAUCUGGCUUAGAAGGCUUGCUGACAUGCGCAACGCAUUGCUGGCAAUUUGCACCCUGCUUCACACGAUGUCAGGGGAGGUGACGACAAAAGAUUUGUGCCCAGAAGAUGUGAUACAGGCUAUCCCGGGCGUCCUCAACCAUGUUUUCGAUGAUUGUCUCAUCCCUGCUGUUGAAUGCCGGCCGAAUGGUAGAGAUGCGGAACUGUUUACUUUCUUCUCCGCCCAUAAAAAUGUACUUGCGGGCUUGGUUCACCAAACGAAGAAAGUCCUCAAUCUUUUAGCUCGUUUCCUUUCCAACGUCGAUGUUGCUGAAGGGACUAUCACCGCAACUGAAUUCCUUGCCACCAAACUAAUUUUUGUCGAAAAUGCUCAUAGUGACAGGGAUUCAGCCUUGGGCUUCCAAAAGUUUGAGGCCGUUAGAAGGGGUUCUAUGGAUGUCCUAGCAAAAAUAUUCGCGAAAUACCCGGAGCAGCGCUCCUUUAUUCUUGAUGAAAUACUGGUAUCAUUGGAGAAGCUCCCAUCUACAAGACAGAACGCUAGGCAAUUCAAACUUAUAGACGGGAAGCAUAUCCAACUACUUUCUGCCCUCGUAAUGCAGCUCGUGCAGACAACUGCAAUACAAAAAUUAUCGAAAGGUUCGAGAAAGCCGAAGCGCCGCUUACCUCUUCCGAAACUUGGGCAGGAUGAAUGCUCUGACAGUGAGGAUACGUGCGAUGAGUCUGACGAUGAAAGACCCAGGAAGGGCACACCACUGGAAUUACUUUCAAAUAAAGUCGAACCACUCUUUGACAAUGCCAUUCGCAGUGCACAGUAUAUUACGAGAUUCAUCGUUCAGCGGGCCAUGACCUCCACCAAAACUGGUGAUCAGCCAUACCGGAAUCUUCUGGACCUUUUUACUGGAGACCUCAUCAGCGUCCUUGGCUCGACCGAUUGGCCCGCUGCAGAACUUUUGCUGAGAGUUCUUGCCUCGCAAAUGAUUGGGCUUGCAGACCAUGACAAGACCCCUGCCAACGCAAAAAAUAUGUCACUCGAGCUCUUGGGGUGGAUGGGGUGCGCAAUUUCCGAUCUUACUUCCUCUACACAUCAUUUAAUUCCCAGUAUGGAUGAGGGUGAUUCAAACCUAUCCGACUACCUACGACAGCUAUUUGAUGAGCAUCUAAAUCGAUCAUUGCAUACAGAAGAUGUUGUGUCUGUCGAUGGACCAUACCGGAUAGUUCUUGAGUACCUGGAGGAGAGGGAUGUCGGAAACUGGCAGCUUUCUAGCGCUCGAGGUUACUUUCUGGCACACUGGGCAAAAAAUGUGUGCAGUUUCUAUUACGAUCCAGAGAACAGGGGAAAUGUAUCCGAAGGCGAGUCGGCCGACGAUCUGGCGAGGGCCCUACGUAACAUGCUGUCUGAUCCCAGAUGGUUAGAAUCUCACAAUGAAUUCGAUCGUAUAGCUACGCAUCAUGCUCGCUUCGCCUAUCUUUUGACUCUCCUCAAUAUGGGAUUCUGCAAAGCGUUUGAUAAAAUUUUUAAGGUUCUUUUAAACUCCAUUACUAGCGAUCAAGCCAAAGUGCGAAGUCGAAGCUUGAAGAGCGUCAUUCAAAUGUUGGAAAAGGACCCGACCCUGCUAGACCGUGACGACACUGUGAUGACGCUGAUUUUCCAAUGCGCUACUGAUUCAUCGCCCAUGGUUCGAGACUCGGCGCUCUCGCUCAUCGCGAAGUGUAUAACUCUUAGACCGGUGCUUGAAGAGGACGGUUGCCGCACCAUUUUAUCCUGUUCUGCAGACCCCACUGUCGGUGUUCGAAAACGUUGCAUUGGCUCCUUGAAGGAUAUUUAUCUCCAAACAUCCCGUAAAGACCUGAAAAUCGCCAUUGCUGACAACCUGCUUCAACGAAUUACGGACGUUGAAAGUAGUGUUGUUGCACAGGCUCGUCAAAUCUUGGAAGAAAUAUGGCUUGGUCCAUUUCACCACCCGAUUAACGUGAUCCAGGAUUCACCACAAACCAAAGUCUCCUUGGGAGAAUUGGUUGAUCUUAUUGUUGGGUCCGUCGAAAAAAGUGAUGCAGUUGUUAUCACGCUUGAAAAAUUUGUCAAAUCCGUACUCUCCGACGACACAAGGUCGGCAUCCGCAAAUUUCAAAGUCUGCAAAGCGAUUGUGGCCACAAUGUUUGAGCGAAUCAUAGACCAUGCAGAUUCACCAAACAAACCGAGCAUCCAAGCGCUUCUCCAGUCUAUCACGGUGUUUGCCAAAGCGAAUGCGAAGCUCUUUACUCCUGACCAAUUGGAAACACUGCAUCCCUAUAUUGGCCACCUCUCUACUGCAGAUGAUCUCCUCCUUUUUCGAUCUGUGGUUGUCAUAUAUCGAUGUGUUCUACCUUACCUUUCUAACGCCCAUAACACCCUCCUCAAGGAAGUGCAAAAUGACCUUUUCAAGAGUGUUUCAAAACUAGCGAGGACUGAGCUCAAUGAGGUCAUGGCAUGCCUUUGGACGGUUGACAGAGUUCUACAAAAUACAGAACGGCUUGUGAAGCUUACCAUAUCUGUUCUCAAAGGUAUUGCUCAGGUGAAAACUCUAAAAUUUGACAACUCGUCCAAAGCAGAUGCUCUAGGGAGGGUGAGAAGCUACAUUCGAAUCGCUGGUUGUGUUGGAAAACAUUGUGAUCUGGAAAAAUAUUUAAAUUUUUUCAAGCAGUCGUUUCCAACGACCAAGGCCACGUCUGUUGCUGGCUUAAUGGUCGACUUCAUAGCCCCGUUUGCUCUUCCUCAGUAUCCGCUUGAACUACGAAUAAUGGCAUUGGAGAGCUUAGGCUCGGUAUGUCAAACUUGGCCUGCUCAGUACAGUCAGGAACAUGCAAGAUUCGCUUUAUCUUCGGUGUUCGAAGAAGACAACCCGGAUUUGCAAAACAUAGUGUUGAAAUCAUUCUUGGAGUUCUUUUCCGUCCAUGAAGGGAAGGCCGAAAAGCUGAUACAAACCAGUGACUUAGCAGCUGAUGCCGAGAGCUCCACGAGAUUAGCCGCCUCCUUGAAAGCUAGCGAGAAUGAUGGAGCAGCGGCCUUGAUUGCCCAGCACUUUCUCCAAAAUAUGCUCCACGCAGCACUUUCAAAGCAAGACACCUAUGCAUUGACGGCGAUUGAGUUGAUCGCAAGUAUUAAUCGCCAGGGCCUUAUCCACCCAAAGGAAUGUGCUGGUGUAUUGGUCGCACUGGAAACGUCGCCACAUCCAACAGUCAGCAAAAUAGCUUUUGAAACCCAUAAAAUGCUGCACGAACAACAUGAAUCUAUGUUUGAUCGAGAGUAUAUGAGGGCAGUUCAAGAUGCAUUUUAUUACCAGCGGGAUGUUGUUGGGGAUCCGAGCGGAGCUUUCAGUCGUCCAUAUACUUCGAAACUCGCACCCCUUUUCGAUAUUAUCAAAGUUAGCAAUAGCAAAUACCAGAGGAAAUUCCUAACCAAUCUUUGCUCAAAAGUUGACUUUGAGUUUCGCAAACUGGACGUUUCGAAGGAUCCACCGGAACACUUGCUCCUAUCUAGAUUCGUUUCUCAAAACAUUGCCUUCUUUGAGUAUGCGCAAAUUGCGGAAAUCCUCCCCACAAUUGCUUGCAUUGAGCGUAUUGUGGCCGCAACAGGCACUAUUGUAGCUCAUGCAAUCGAAACAGAUUUGUUUCAAAACACCAUGCAGCCAAUCAAUGGCAAUUCAAACACAGCAGAAACACAGGCUACGGAUGGGCUGACUAUCUCCAGCGAGGCUCCUAUCGUCCCUACUACCCCUCAAGAGUUAGCCGUUCGCGGGUCAGUUGAUGCUCAAUUGUUGAGAAAGCUGGCUACUGCCUCUGGCUCGCUCUUGAUGCUCUGGGAAGCUCGAUCGCACCUCCGUCGCCUUUAUGGCAUUAAUUUUCACGCACGACAAAAGGAAGGGAAGGGAAAUGCCAAGGAACUUAAUCGGGCACCGGCAAAAGUCCAGGGCGUCACUGGUGAGCGGUUUUGGGAGUCUGUGUCCAAUCUCAUGCACUGCCUUGACACCACGGAAGCAAUGAUGGACACAUGUCGGGAUUUUGCAUUGUUGCUAUCGAUCGACGAUGAACUUAAAAUCGCUGGAGACGAUGAUCGGGGCAGCCAUGACACCACCGGAGACGUUGAUGAUAUGAGCCUCCUCCUCGCAGCCGCAGGCAAUUCAAAACCGGGCAAACGCAAGAGCUCUGUUCCCGCGGGUGGCACUCCCAAGAAGAAAGCAAGAGGCAGGCCUCCUGGCAAGAAGAGAACCAGCACAGACCUCGAAGAUGAGCUGGCAAGCGACUGAAGAGCUCAUUGUUUCGGUAGCUGGCGUUUUAUUUUAGACGCUGUUGGGGCGUUGAAACGCGGGAACUCGAUGACCUAUGUUUACAUUCAUAUAUUAUUAGUAUUAUUAUUCAAAAGAUAUUUUCUCAAGGCUGGUGGGAAGGGCGGCUCGAUGCUUAAUUGCUUCGUCUUAUACGGCGUUUCGGCAAUUUACAAGGGGCUUGUAUUAUUAUUAUUAUUAUUAUUCUCUUUUUUAACACAUUAGUUUUUAGCGACUGCGCUGGGGCUUCGCAUAUUUUGUUAUCAUGCAUGGACAUAUAGGUUAACAUAUCAUAGAUGAGAUAAUCAAAAUAUGAGAGAUCUCUAAGUCAUUAACUUGAAUCUGUUUAUGGGAAUCGAUG